AUGUCCACAGAGACUACAAAACCACCGCUUACUACUACAUCAGCAGUAACUGCUACUGCCGUAGUUUCUCCCAACGCUCUCAAAAGAAAAAAGGGUGAAGACACCAGUGAGGAGCAACUGGAAGCAGAGAUCAAACGAGUAGCCCUCGACGAUGCAGAGGACCAUUCCGACAACGAACGCGACUUUACCGAUAACCUCCCCUCCCACGUGCACUUACGGAUGCUAUGCCUUGUCAAGCACGCUUCUCUGAUAGUGGGACACAAGGGUGCUACCAUAUCCAGGAUAAAAUCAGAGACCUCGGCUAGAAUAAACGUAUCAAAUAAUAUCAGAGGUGUCCCUGAAAGAAUUAUUUACGUAAGAGGCACCUGCGAUGAUGUGGCAAAGGCGUACGGUAUGAUAGUGAGAGCGCUGCUAGAAGAACACGAAAACGAAAGCGAAGAAGAAGACAUUGAGGUUUCCAUCAAUCUCUUGAUUCCUCACCAUCUCAUGGGCUGCAUCAUUGGCAAACGCGGGUCCCGAUUGAGAGAAAUUGAGGACUUGAGUGCUGCAAAAUUAUUCGCGUCCCCGAAUCAACUGCUGCUGUCCAAUGACAGAAUAUUGACCAUCAACGGCGUCCCCGAUGCUAUCCAUAUUGCCACUUUCUACGUUGGCCAAACACUGUUGAACUUCCAAAUAGAGUCUCCACAGAAGAAAUUGAAAAGGUCUAUAUUUUAUCAACCCACCCAAUUCAAUUCGGUUUUGCUGGACCAUAGCCAGUCAAACGCUGUCCUUCAUCAAAGAAACCAUCAAUAUCAUCCAAACGAUAAACUACUCUCCUGCAGACCCAACAGAAAGUUCUCCGUAUCGUCGACCCUGCUGAGUAUGGCCCCUCCACAGUAUACCACCGCCAGCGUAGCAAAUGCCACGGCAUUUCAUCCAAAUUUCGUUAUUCCCAACGUAAGGAUCCUGGAUGCUCCUGUUAUCGACCAGGGACCCAGCAAUCAUCUAUCCAUGAACCUCUUCCAGCAAGAAAUAUUUAUAGAUGAGAAUUUUGUGGGAAACGUCAUCGGCAAAGAUGGCAAACACAUUAAUUCGGUCAAGGAAUCCACAGGUUGCUCCAUCAUUGUACAAGAUUCCGUGGAAGGCUCCUCCGAGAGAAGACUUUCUAUAAGAGGCACAUUUAUGGCUUCUCAAGCCGCGAUUAUGUUGAUUAGCAAUAAAAUUGAAAUUGAUAGAUUAAAUGCCGAACGUAAAAGAAGGUCGCCUCUCUGA